AUUAUAUUAUAGCAUUGUACAAAUAAUGAAAUAUAACUACUAUCAUUAUUGUUUGAUUUACAACUAAAUUUAUAGUACUUUUACAGCCAAGCGAACUUCAUAUAUUUCAAACGCAGCUAUUGCUGUGUCUCCUCAACAUAAAAUCUGCAGCACAUAUGCCAAAAAGGGUUCAAUAAUUUGGUGGGCUUUUUGUCAAGAUUGGAUUUUUAUUUUUAUUUUUUCAUCAAUUGCUUCUAAUUCAAGAUUCUGAAAGAAAGGGGGGAAAAAGAGGGCUCCGAAAAGAGAAUGUUGGGAACGGCAGCCUUCAGUUGCCACUGUUCAAAUUCGAAUUUCUGUCUACAUUAAAGAAGGUAAAAAAAUGGACAGCACAUCAAAUUCUGAUGAGAAUUAUGAUAUGGGGUAUCAGCCUUCUCCUUCAUCUGUGUAUCAAACUGACCAAUCUCCAUUCACCGAUACCACGAGCUGCUCGAUCAUGAGCGCUGAGUCGUUCGCCUACUGUCGGACUAAUUCCGAGGCCUCGGCCGCAUUUUCUGAGCCGACAGAUGAUAGUAUUAGCUAUUCUGAUGUGGCGUCCCCACAGUGCUGGCAGGGGCUCAAGUCCCCGGCUCGUGCUGCGCUUUCCAAAUUGGGGACAAGGCAGCUGCAUAAGCAUGGGGUAGAUGAUGAGAUUAUGGAUUUAGAGCUAGAGUUGAUGAAGGAGAGAUUUUCAAAGCUGUUGCUUGGGGAGGACAUGUCUGGAAGUGGCAAAGGGGUUUGCACGGCUGUGUCGAUCUCAAACGCCAUAACCAACCUUUACGCUUCUGUGUUUGGUCAGCACCAGAGAUUAGAACCUCUGCACCAAGAAAAGAAGUUAAUGUGGAAAAGAGAAAUGAAUUGCCUUUUAUCUGUGUGUGAUUACAUAGUAGAGUUCAGUCCCACACUUCAGACUCUCAAAGAUGGGACCAAAGUAGAGGUGAUGACGAGCAGACCACGAUCUGAUAUUUACAUCAACCUCCCCGCGUUGAGAAAGCUCGAUGCAAUGCUCCUGGGAAUACUUGACAGCUUUCAGGAGACCGAGUUCUGGUAUGCCGAACAAGGCAGCAUCUCGGCAAAUUCGUCUCGUUCGGGAAGCUCGUCUUCACGCUCAGGCUCGUUUAGGAGAGUAGUUCCCCAGCCUCAGUCUCAGCGUGCGGACGAGAAGUGGUGGCUGCCUGUCCCGUGCGUGGGCCCAGACGGGCUCUCGGAGGUAUCCAAGAAACAUUUAAGGCAAAAACGAGACUGCGCGUACCAAAUCCAUAAAGCGGCCAUGGCCAUAAACAGCGGCAUUCUUGCUGAGAUGCAGAUUCCUGAGUCUUACACGGCUUCUCUUCCUAAGAGUGGAAAAGCAAGUGUGGGGGACACAAUCUACCGGUACAUGUACAACGCGGAUAAGUUUUCACCCGAUCAUCUGCUCGACUCCCUCAACAUAAGCUCCGAGCAUGAGGCCCUCGAGCUGGCGGAUAAGGUGGAGGCCUCAAUGUACACGUGGCGCCGUAAGAUCUGCAUGGCACACUCCAAGUCCUCGUGGAACAUGGUCAAGGACCUCAUGUCAGACGUUGACAGAAAUGACAAGAAUCACAUCUUAGCCGAACGAGCUGAAACCCUUUUGUUCUGCCUGAAGCAAAGGAUGUUGGACAGGCAGUACUAGAGAGCUAUUCUAGAGUAUUGGAAGGUUUGGCAUUCAACAUUGUUGCUUGGAUUGAAGAUGUACUCUUUGUAGAUAAAACCAACAAAAAUCAAGAAUAGAGAUGUUGCUCUAAAAGCAAACAAGUUUAAUUUUGUAUCCAGUAAAUUU